CGGAGAUCACCAAUUGUGCGUUACUUUUGGGUCGAGGAUGGUUGCCGCGGGUGGGCGUGCAGUUCAAAUUAUAAAUGUUGAAGAAUGUAUGAAGAAAACAUCAUUCAGUCUAGAUGAAGAGUCUUUGUCUUCAAUUCUUUUAAGACCCGAUGUGCGUGACAAAAAAGUUGUUGUGGUGUCUGUCGCUGGUGCGUUUCGUCAAGGAAAAUCGUUUUUACUGGAUUUUUUCUUACGCUAUUUGUUAUCCAAUGACCGUACUAACUGGUUAGGAGACCCGGAAAUACCUUUGAAGGGCUUCCCCUGGCGAGGUGGUUCAGAGAGAGACACUGUUGGAAUAUUGUUAUGGAGCGAACCAUUCUUUAUGACUCUACCAUCUGGAGAGGAAGUAGUCGUUCUGUUAAUGGAUACACAGGGUUCCUUUGAUAGCACUAGUACUGUGCGUCAGUGUGCUACAGUUUUCGCUUUGAGUACAAUGAUCAGUAGUACUCAAGUUUAUAACAUUCAUGGUAAUAUUCAAGAAGAUCACCUUCAGCAUUUGCAUUUAUUCACCGAAUAUGGUCGACUUGCCCUGGAAUCUGAUAUUUCUGGAACACCUUUCCAGCAUCUUUUAUUCCUUGUUCGCGAUUGGAGUUUCCCGUACGAGUAUGACUUCGGGAAUAGUGGUGGUACUCAACUGCUUGAUAAUCGCCUCAAGAUUGUUCAACAGCAUCACACAGAGCACCAAGCUGUCCGCCGUCAUAUUCGCUCUUGUUUUUCCAAGUUAGAUUGUUUCCUAAUGCCUCAUCCCGGUCUUAAAGUUUCAACAAAUCCAAACUUUGAUGGACGAGUAAAGGAUAUUGAUCCUAGUUUCGUUGAAAACCUUAUAGCAUUAGUUCCUCAUUUGUUAGCUCCAGUUAAUCUGGUUGUUAAAAGGAUAAAUGGUCAGGAAGUUACGUGUCGUGAACUUUUUACUUAUUUCAAAGCAUAUAUAAAAAUUUAUGAAAGUGAUACUCUCCCAGAACCACGUUCUAUGUUGGAAGCAACUGCCGAGGCUAACAACCUUAAUGCAAUAUUAACAUGUCAAGAGAUGUAUUCAGAGGCUAUGAACAAGAUUUGUGGACCCGAUCGGCCGUACAUCAAUCCAACUGAUUUAGAUUUAGCUCAUUUAAAAAUAUAUAAGGCGGCUAUUGAAAAAUUUAACACAAUUCCCAAAAUGGGUGGUGAGGCAUUCUCUGCAGGUUAUUUGGAACGCUUAAAAGAAACAUUAAAACAACUGGGAGAAGAUUAUCGGAUGUCAAAUUCUAAAAAGGAUAUAUUCCAGACAUUUCGUACUCCUGCUGUUUUGGCUGUUGUUCUACUAAUUUUCCAUAUUGUUACAGGAAUAUCAGAAUUUAUUGGUUUAUCAAUGGUUUCGGGUAUAUUGGCCCUACCAUUUUAUAUUGCUUUAAUCUCAUUGUUCACGUGGUUGUUUUUAAGUUACACUGGUCGAGCUCCAGAAUUAGCUAGUGCCAUCGAUCAGUCAGCUGAGUUGGUAAUAAAGAAGGUAUUCAACCCUGCGAUAAAAAUAGUCGGUAAUCGUGGAAUGGCUCAACUAGUUGGUGGUAAUCUUGUUUCUGAUCAAACAACAAGAACUUGAAAUGCAUCUGUGCUCGUGUUUGUUUGUGUCUAUAAAACUUUUAAACAAAUCUAUAGAUAUGAUUCAACUUACAACCUAUCAUUUUCAUUUUUCCCCUUUUUUCUGUAUUGUUUAUUCCAUAUUAUUAUCCAUAUCUUAUGGUUUUCACUGUGAUGAUUUAGUUUCGUGUAGUUGUCUUUUCUUUUUCUUGUUUGUUUAUUUGUUCAACAAACACAAGGUCACUUGUUCUUUUUUAACAAAACACAGUGAAUAACAUAAUAACGUUCUUCUCAGCUGUUGUUUUUUUCUCUACUGGUUCCAGUGUAUUAUAGAAACCUCAUAAUUAACCAAAUAAAAUAGUAGUUGUAAUGUAUUGUAACGAAUAGUCUUUUAAAAUUUCGGUUCAUACUUGGAUUUAUGUGACGAAAAUAAACAAAAGACCAAUAUCUAAGGCAUAUUAUUUAUUUACUCAUUGUAUUUGUAGAGUUAGGUCUGCGCUCAUAUCUUGAUCUUCAUCGUUCUUUGUUAUAUUUUACAAUUUGUAACAAUAGUAAACUUUGUUUCUUUUGUACUUUUUCAUAUAUUCAUAUAAGUUUGAAGUAGAAAAAAUCAUUGUUUAAACUGAUUCAAUACAGGAUUUUUUAAAACAAACUGCCAUGUAUUUUGCUGUAGUGCAUGCAUGUAUAUCCCUUCUAUUAUACAAUAAAGUACUUCUAUAUACUACUUACUGUUUUUCUUUUUAUUGGUAAGGUGUUUAUCGAAGGUAUUUACUUCGUUAGACUAAUAAACAUUUAUAAACAUUAAAACUGAUUUAUUCAUGUAGUUAAUUGAAGAUUAAUAAAUAGCUCCCAGACCUUACCGACGUUUUUAGAUCGGAUCUUAAGCCCGUUGAGAAAUAUAUACCACUACUUAAUUCCAGUCGUAUUCUACUGUAUAGUUAAAUUUAAAGGGUGCUUAACAAUUGCAUUAUAAAACCUUAAUUUAUUUCGUUUACUUGUCUUAAAACCUGUAGUGCGCUACUUCUAAAGUGAUCAUUGGAAAUAUAACUCACCAUGUUUAUCAACUCUGGAUAUUUAUCUAAUUCUGUUGCGGAUAUACGCUCUUAGAGAUAACCUAUGUUCUGCCUGACUCAAUAGUCGAUGCUUAACCAAAAAUUCUCUACCGUAAUUAGAUAUACAAAUGAUAUUGUUUUAUUAGUUAAAGAUGUUGAUUAAAUGUAGAACAUAGAACGAAUACUAGUCAAACAAUACUCGUGUCAGACUUUUCACAUCAAACAAAGAAGAUGAGUCUGUUGGAGCUGUAAACCUUCAUCGAAUUAGGUAUUAUAUAUCCCAAUUCACUGCCUAUUACAUAGAUAAGCGAUAGAUGAAGUGUAUUAGUGUUCAGACUGAUAACACCAACUCCUCAGUUCAGUGAUUGUUGUCCUGAACUAUGUGGAAAGAUGUAAUAUUCUUGAUUGAGGCUCAAAAACAAUUCAAAUCGCUGGCCGAAGACUGG